AGGAUGGAGCACAAUGACGUGCUGAUCUUCAGACAGGUACGUUCACUCGUCUGAGGUGCUCAAGUUGUAAGAGUUUGAGCAGAAAGUAACCAAUAACAAGCAAGAGAGUUGUAUGGUUGGCAGAACAGUCGCCCAAGACUGCAGAGUGCAACACACCAACCUGUGCACAGCCUGGAUCGACUACAAGAAAGCCUAUGACUCAAUGCCACACACAUGGAUCACUGAAUGCUUGGAGCUGUACAACAUCUCUAAGGGCCUUCAUUGCAAACUCGAUGAGGUUGUGUGGGUUAUGGAUACCGACUCCGGAACGGGGCCACCAUAAGUCACCUCCUCUACAUGGAUGACAUCAAGCUGUACGCCAAGAGUGAGCGAGACAUCGAUUUGCUGAUCCACACCACCAGGACCAACCAGAUUGUGGUGGUGGAUAAAGAGCAGAGGAGAGCUGAGAUGGUGGAUGUGGCAAUACCAAGCGGUUAUUCCCUAUUAUUAUUUCCUGCAGUUAAACUUUACUGAGAGCGGACUUAAUUAACUGCGCAAAAGAGAACUCGACUGCUGGAGCUGGAUUCUCAAAGCACGUUUUGCGUUGUGAUUGUCGUUUGCCGUUUGGGUGGAGUCUCUGUGCUCGUGGAGGAUAUGCCGCCCGUCACGUAGGCCUCUCCGUGUUCUACUGGUGUCCGCGGCGCACCGGGGGAGCGCGCAGUGACGCGCCUACAUCCUUGUUGCGCGCUGAUCGGAUUUGCUGCAGUGGGACAACAUAUCCCAUUGAAUUGAAUCGUUUCCUGUAAACUCAAGGACAAAGACCUGGUCCAAGAUUUAGCUAUGAGGAGAGUGAUAUAGGAUAUAGUUAGUGCAGAAGUCAGUGACACUAUUGCGGCGUCCAGUGUUGCUCACGCGCGCGCCUGGCUGCUCCAGCUGUAAAUAACCACCCGGCCGUGGAUUCAGCAAAGACGCGCGACUGACGAUGUGCUCGGUUAUAAACGGGCUGAGGCCCCUUCAGCGGAGCCUCGCUCUGGCGCUGAGACUCAGAGCGAGCACCGAGGGCUGGAGCUGCGCGGCAGCCGCCAGCAGGCGCGUCGCUCCCGGCUCGAGAACUGGCGUUGAACCGGCUGCGGGCAGAAGAUCGUGCUGCGGCCUGGCGUCGACCAAAGGACUGCUCUUCAGACAGCUGUUUGAGUCAGAGAGCAGCACCUACACCUACCUGCUGGCAGACGCACAGACCAAGGAGGCCGUGCUCAUCGACCCGGUUCUGGAGACCAUUGACAGGGACCUGAAGCUCAUAGAGGAACUGGGACUGGAUCUCAAAGUGGCAGUGAACACCCACUGCCACGCCGACCACAUCACCAGCACUGGGCUGAUGAAGAACAGAGUGGUGGGGCUGCAGAGUGCCAUCUCCAAGUUCAGUGGAGCUGCUGCAGACAUCCAGCUGUCAGAGGGAGACCACAUCGCCUUUGGGAAACAGCGUCUGACAGUGAGGGAGACUCCAGGACACACUGACGGCUGUGUGACGCUGGUGUUGGGGGAUCAGAGCAUGGCUUUUACUGGGGACGCGCUGCUGAUCAGAGGCUGCGGCAGGACGGAUUUCCCCCAAGGUUGCCCCAACCAGCUCUACCAGUCCAUUCACCAGAAGAUCUUCUCCCUGCCCGACCAGUGCCUCGUCUACCCAGCACACGACUACUUAGGUCAGACCGUGUCCACGGUGGGUGAGGAGCGCAAGUUCAACCCACGUUUGACCAAGAGCCUGCAGGAGUUUAUGAGCAUCAUGAACAACCUGAACCUCCCCAAGCCGGACAAAAUGGAUAUCGCGGUGUCUGCAAAUCUGAUUUGUGGCGUCCACAGAGUUUGAAUCUGCUGCAGAAGAAAGCUUUGAAAUGAACCCUGACAUCAACAGAACGGCAGCAGUAUCACCACUAAACCGCUGAGCGUAAAGUGCUUUAAAUCGUCUCUCUGGAUGGAGCUUGUUGUUUGUGCAGCUUAUCUGCUUUUGAAAUGUAAGGCGCAUGUUAUAGUAAAAGGUGAGCAACAAUAAUUAGUACAUAAGAAAAACAGCAAGUUGUAAGUUUGUGUGUGUUUCUAUUCUUGCUGUAUACAGGGAGGGGCUUUGUGUUUCAUUAAAGGUUUGGUUUAGUAUUUACUGUG